CAGCUGCAGCUGGUGCGCAUGGCGAUGGUGGGGGCAGGCAAGGCGGUGGAGGGGGCAGCCAACAGUGCAGCCGUGCAGCAGCUGGCGCAGUUUGCCGUGGACGAGCACAACAAGAAGCAUAACACGGCACUGAUGCUGGAGGCAGUGGUGGGGGCGAGUGAGCAGGUGGUGGCGGGCACGCUGCACCGCAUCCGCCUCACCGCGCACCAGCCCUCCGCCACCGCGCCUGUGACCACGCAGUACGAGGCAGUGGUGUGGGAGAAGCCGUGGGAGGGCUUCCGCGAGCUGCAGUCCUUUGACAAGAUCGAGGGCGCCUAG